CGGCCCGAGGCGCCUGCGCAGAGCCCAGCGGGCGGGCCGAAAAGCGCGGAGUCACUGCUAGAGGGAGGGGGAGCGGCGUUUGCGGGCAGUUGGAAAGCCCGCGAAACGCUCUUUCCGCCCGCGAGGCGAGGUGAGGGCGCCGGGAUAGGAGGAAGGGGCGGGGCUUCCUGGCCGGGCCCCGCCUUCUCUAUAGGCCAAUAUCCGAGCGCCACGCCGCUUUCCGCUAGGCCCUCAGUCAGAUCUCGGUCAGAAGGCUACUCCUGCCUGCCUUUGCUUGUUGUGUACCCUAGGCAUCCUCAGACACCCCUCACGUCGACCUUCAGACCCGCGGCCGCAGCGCCCGACUGCUCGCUGCCUCCCAGCAUCCCUCCGCCUGGGCCCGCGUGCCGGGCCACGCUCCUCAGAGGGCGGAGAGACCUCGCGACGCCCCUGCGCAGCCGGCGCUGCCUGGGGACUACAUUUCCCAGCGGGCCGAGCGGCCGGCGCGGCGGCUGCGGUCAGGUGACCGAGUCGCAUGACCCGCGGAUUGUCAGUGGGUUCGCCCCGAGGAGAGCUGACCGCCCUGGGCUGCCGCUGACCUCGGCAGAGCUGAGCAAAAAUGUCCCCGGAAUCUAAAAAGCUUUUCAACAUCAUUAUUUUAGGAGUUGCGUUUAUGUUUAUGUUCACUGCCUUUCAAACUUGUGGAAAUGUGGCGCAAACUGUCAUCAGGAGCUUAAAUACCACAGAUUUCCAUGGCAGUGGAUAUACCAGCAUGGCAAUUAUUUACGGGGUGUUCUCAGCCUCAAAUUUGAUCACUCCAUCGGUGGUUGCCAUUGUAGGACCUCAACUCUCUAUGUUUGUCAGUGGUUUAUUUUACAGCAUGUACAUUGCCGUUUUUAUCCAGCCUUUCACAUGGUCCUUCUACACAGCUUCUGUUUUCAUUGGAAUUGCAGCUGCUGUACUUUGGACAGCACAAGGAAACUGCCUGACAAUAAAUUCAGAUGAGCAUACUAUUGGGAGAAACAGUGGAAUUUUCUGGGCACUCUUACAAUCUAGUUUGUUUUUUGGAAAUCUCUACAUAUAUUUUGCCUGGCAAGGGAAAACUCAAAUAUCAGAGAGCGACCGAAGGACAGUGUUCAUUGCCCUUACAGUGAUUAGCCUUGUGGGGACAGUUCUGCUCUUUCUCAUUCGGAAACCAGAGUCUGAGAAUGUCCUGGGAGAAGAUGAAUCUUCUGAUGACCAGGACCUGGAAGUCAACGAGUCUGCCCAGAACAAUAUGACAAAGGCAGUAGAUGCGUUUAAAAAGUCUCUGAAAUUGUGUGUCACCAAGGAGAUGCUCCUCCUCAGUGUUACAACUGCUUACACAGGUCUGGAAUUGACUUUCUUCUCUGGUGUGUAUGGAACCUGUAUUGGUGCUAUAAAUAAAUUUGGAACAGAAGAGAAAAGCCUCAUUGGACUUUCUGGCAUUUUCAUUGGCAUUGGAGAAAUUUUAGGUGGAAGCCUCUUCGGCCUGCUGAGCAAGAAUAAUCGCUUUGGUAGAAAUCCAGUUGUGUUGCUAGGUAUUCUGAUGCACUUUAUCGCUUUCUACUUAAUAUUUCUCAACAUGCCUGGAGACGCCCCCAUCGCUCCUGUGGAGGGAACCGACAGCAGUGCUUACAUCCAACCCAGCAAAGAAGUUGCCCUCCUCUGCAGUUUUCUCUUGGGUCUGGGAGACAGCUGCUUCAAUACCCAGCUGCUUAGUAUUUUAGGCUUUCUCUACUCCGAAGACAGUGCGCCAGCUUUUGCUGUCUUUAAGUUUGUUCAGUCUAUUUGUGCAGCGUUGGCAUUUUUCUACAGCAACUACCUCCUCCUCCACUGGCAGCUCCUGGUCAUGGUGAUAUUUGGGUUUUUGGGAACCAUUUCAUUCUUCACCGUGGAAUGGGAAGCUGCUGCCGUUGUAGCCCGGGGCUCUGACUACCGCAGUAUUUGAGCUGGUGCCAGCGAGGGGCAUGUGCGUCUUCAGAAAACACGGUCAGACACAGAGCUCGGCUGAAGAAGCCAUGUUCCUUUUCACACCGUGUUGGAUGGUGAUCUGUAUGGAAAAUCAAAGAAGUAAGACUUCAGCCAGCCAGUGCUGGUGUUCAAGUUUACAGAUCUUAGCUAUUUAAAUCAAGUGGAAUAAGGGAAACCUGUCUGUCUAUUAUAAUUAUUCAAAGCUGUUUUUCGGUUCAGCUAUGUCGAGUCCUCUCUAAUCAUGUUACAGAUUGUAAAUGUUUUCUUCUCCUCCAGUGCUUGCUGGAAGAUGAUGCCGUGAUCAGAACACUAGGCCAUCUGUCAUAGAAAGCGUGUAUGGGCUGCAUCUUACUACCUGACAAUAGGGAGUCACUCCACGUGUGUGCUCGGGAAUCACAUUUUAAUAAUUAACUUUGAAAAGCUUCCUUCCUCUUGAAAUGUUUUGUUUGAGAAGUUUUCUUACCUUGUAGUUCAUAGCUUUUAAGUGGCCAAUGAAGUAUUAUAAGAUGGAGUGAAAUGAUCUUAAGUCUUAAAAACAUGGAUUUAACAUCUAUAAAUGAACGAAAACACAUUCAGAAAGCAAACACAUGGGCUGGUCCCAUGGCUUAGUGGUUAAGGGAGUCGGAUCCCACAGGCCAACCAUGGCUCAACUGCCAGUUCCAGGGGCUUGCAAACCAUGCCGACCUGUGUGUCCGU